AUGGGCCCCGCAUAUGGUGCCAUGAAUGGAGGACUUCGUCCUGAAAGGCCAGAGCUGCCAAACGGAGUGGAUCCCCGGCCGGUAGUGCCGGAAGGAUCAGCGGACAGAGGACCGCGACUGAUGGAGGCUGUUUCGGAAGUUUCUGGCACAGGACUCCAACCGGGGCAGAGGACCCGGCAGGAGGCAGAGGCUGGAGGCGGCAGUGGAACAGCUGAAAGACCGUUUUUGUCGCCAGAAUCUAUCCGUGGUCAGGCGGCAGAUGAGGGCCUUUAUGGUCCACCGGGAGAUCGUACCCCGGAACCGGAGUUGCCGCAUGGUGCUACAAGAGCGUGGAAUGUACAAGUGAUGUAUGGUACAGGAGGAGAAGGCCCGUCUGUGGUGAGAUGGGAGACCCCCGAGCGUAGAUCCCACCAACCUGCGCCUGAGACCAUCGACGAUUGGUUGCGCAAUCAGGCCAUUGCCACCACAUGGGCAUGCGGCAUGUCCAUUCAAGCACUUGUCGAAAAAUCCGGAUACCCAGCUGUGAUCUGGAAGUGGAAGGAUAACACCUGGCAAAGGUACACCUUCUCUGCUAAGUUCAAGGAUGGGCAGGCCAUGGUAUGCCGACAGGGCCACCCGCUCGUUCUUAUCUUGCGAGAGGGCCACUUCACAUUCAUGACUCCGCCCGCCAAGGAUCGUGAAGCGCCAUUCCCGAAACCAUGGCUCAAACAGGGUCCCAAGUUCAACGAGAUCAUUGACCUCACUGGUGAGCCUCGACUUACGGCUAAGUCCCAGGUUCCCGAUGGCUACAGCGAUGCUGCGGAUGAAGGCAACACCCGCCUCACGUGCGAGGCCCUUCAACAGCAUGAUAAGCCGACGGCCAGCGGCGCAAAAUCCCUGCGGUGCAAGCCUGCCCUUAAGCCACAUAAGAUCAAAAAGCGCAAAGCCCGCAAGGAUGAGCUUGCGCAAAAGCAGUUCUUGAAAGAUUGGACGGCUUGGCCAUGCCCUCUCUGUCAUCAAGAGAUACAGAUUAAGGGCUGCAACUACGGCCAAGCCUAUCGGAAAAAGCACUUGGCUGCUGCUCACGGCGCGUCUUUGAAAGAUCACCCGUUGCCGGGCCGAAAGAAUAUGACACUCCGAGCGCAGCUACGCGUCAACCAGAGCAGCAAGCAGCACCAGCUUGUUCAUGUGCAUCACCAUGGCCUUCAAGACUGUGUGAACCAAGGUGAUACAUGGAUCUGCAAAGUUUGCCUUUGCAAGGGCUGUAGCGGCAAAGUCGCUGCCUACGAGUGCAGACCGAUGCACGACACUAAGCGCGCAGCUUGGUGGCACCGCUUGCAGAGAUCUCAGCGUAACAAGCUUGCCGCCGCGCUUGAGAUCAGCAGUGAGCGAGUCCGUGAAAUCAGCAAGUGGGCUCGCACGGCCCUUGCUCGAAGCAAACCAAAACCUGAGAACCGCUCCGAGGCCGACCUUCGUUAUCGCAUGCAGCUGAAGCGCAGGCGAGCGCAGUGGCGCAAGGAGAACGGCUUGUGUGCCGAUGCGAGACAGGCCCCCGGCCAUUGCAACUUGUCUGCAACCCUGAACGUCCCGAUCCAAAACCUUGGAAAGCGGAAACGUCACCAGACGGAGUGA